AGAAAUUCAGUUCAGAGAGAGGAGAGAGAGGAGAGGGAGAAGGAGAGGGGGGCAGAACAGAAGGGAAAGCGGAGAGUACGCGAGGUAGGAAGGAGAGCCUCUGUCUCCGAAGCGAGAAAGAGCUCACGGAUUAAGAAUUUGACGGGCAAUUGGCACCCCGGGACAACAGCCAGAAAAAUCACCAUCACCCAACUCUGACGUUUCCUACCAGAAGUUAGAGACUUGAGCAGUCUUGCCAUCGGAUGCAAAUGGUAGGCUGGUUACUGUGGGAUAUACUCCCGAGCUGAAGAAGUGCAACUGGAUGUGGUGUGUGCUAAAUACCAGAAGAGCCCAGACCCAGUGGGUAAUAGCAGUAGCGAGGAAAUGUGGAGAGAAUGACUAACGACAAAUCUGUGAAUUUGUUCUCGGGAGUUGCUAAUUUGCCAGCCCGAAGCCACACAUUUUACAAGAAGGAAACGUAUUGCUGCUUCUGAAUUCUCCCCAAACUGGUGCUACCAGAUGCAUGGCUUUCUAUGUGUUGGAACAAAUCCUUCUUAACUGCAGCCUACCGGGAAAGGGGAAAGGUUGAGGCAACUAACUGGCUGUCUCCAAAUAAGAGAUGCGAUGUAAUGCCUCCUCCAGUCCAUGCACACUUCCUCUUGCAAUUCGUGCAUCAUUCCUCAGUGGGAACCUUUAAACUCUAAAAUCCAAGAAAAGAAAAUAAAUACAUUAUCAUGGACCUGAGGGAUUUUUACCUGUUGGCUGCUCUGAUUGCCUGUUUAAGGCUGGAUUCAGCAAUAGCUCAAGAACUUAUUUACACUAUUAGAGAGGAAUUGCCUGAAAAUGUGCCCAUAGGAAAUAUACCAAAGGACCUGAACAUUUCUCACAUCAAUGCUGCCACGGGGACCAGUGCCAGCCUUGUCUACAGACUGGUUUCUAAAGCUGGGGAUGCCCCUCUGGUGAAAGUGUCCAGCAGCACCGGGGAGAUUUUCACAACCUCCAAUAGAAUAGACAGAGAGAAACUCUGUGCUGGAGCUUCUUAUGCAGAGGAGAAUGAGUGUUUCUUUGAACUUGAGGUGGUGAUCCUCCCCAAUGACUUUUUCAGGCUGAUCAAAAUCAAGAUCAUUGUCAAGGAUACCAAUGAUAAUGCCCCCAUGUUUCCGUCUCCUGUCAUCAAUAUUUCCAUUCCAGAAAACACUUUGAUCAACAGCCGCUUUCCAAUCCCAUCAGCCACAGACCCUGACACAGGCUUCAAUGGGGUGCAGCAUUAUGAAUUGCUAAACGGGCAGAGUGUUUUUGGACUGGAUAUCGUGGAAACUCCAGAGGGAGAAAAGUGGCCGCAAUUGAUUGUUCAGCAGAACUUGGAUAGAGAACAAAAAGAUACCUAUGUAAUGAAAAUCAAAGUAGAGGACGGAGGCACUCCACAGAAAUCCAGCACAGCCAUACUGCAGGUCACAGUUAGUGAUGUGAAUGACAACAGGCCAGUGUUUAAAGAGGGUCAAGUAGAGGUUCAUAUUCCAGAGAGCGCUCCUGUGGGGACCUCUGUAAUUCAGCUCCACGCUACUGAUGCAGACGUAGGCAGCAAUGCUGAAAUCCGGUACAUUUUUGGUGCCCAAGUUGCCCCUGCAACCAAAAGACUCUUUGCUUUAAAUAACACAACUGGGCUGAUUACAGUUCAGAGGUCUUUGGAUAGGGAAGAGACAGCCAUUCACAAAGUGACAGUGCUGGCGAGUGAUGGCAGUUCCACGCCUGCCAGAGCCACGGUUACCAUCAAUGUCACAGAUGUAAAUGAUAACCCUCCGAACAUAGACCUCAGGUACAUUAUAAGUCCCAUCAACGGCACAGUGUAUCUGUCUGAGAAAGAUCCAGUCAAUACAAAGAUUGCCCUAAUUACAGUUUCAGAUAAGGACACAGACGUGAACGGCAAAGUGAUCUGUUUUAUUGAAAGGGAGGUCCCAUUUCAUCUGAAGGCAGUGUAUGACAACCAGUAUCUGCUAGAGACCUCUUCUCUGCUGGACUAUGAGGGCACCAAAGAAUUCAGCUUUAAAAUCGUUGCCUCUGAUUCUGGGAAGCCCAGUUUGAACCAGACUGCCCUUGUAAGGGUUAAGCUUGAGGAUGAAAAUGACAACCCACCAAUUUUCAACCAGCCUGUAAUUGAGCUGUCAGUUUCUGAAAACAACCGACGUGGGUUAUACUUAACAACUAUUAGUGCUACAGACGAAGACAGUGGGAAAAAUGCAGACAUUGUUUAUCAGCUUGGACCGAAUGCCUCCUUCUUUGAUCUGGACAGAAAGACAGGAGUUUUGACAGCCUCCAGAGUCUUUAACAGGGAGGAACAAGAGCGGUUCAUUUUUACAGUAACUGCCAGGGACAAUGGGACCCCUCCCCUCCAAAGCCAAGCAGCUGUGAUAGUUACUGUCCUGGAUGAGAAUGAUAAUAGCCCCAAGUUUACUCAUAAUCAUUUUCAGUUUUUUGUGUCUGAGAAUCUGCCAAAGUAUAGUACUGUGGGAGUCAUCACAGUGACAGAUGAAGACGCUGGAGAGAAUAAAGCUGUGACUCUCUCCAUUCUAAAUGACAAUGAAAAUUUUGUCUUGGAUCCCUAUUCAGGAGUCAUAAAGUCAAAUGUCUCCUUUGACCGAGAGCAGCAGAGUUCCUACACUUUUGAUGUCAAAGCCACCGAUGGAGGACAGCCACCUCGGUCCUCUACUGCAAAAGUAACUAUCAAUGUGAUGGAUGUCAAUGACAAUAGUCCUGUUGUGAUUUCGCCACCAUCCAACACCUCAUUUAAGUUGGUGCCACUCUCGGCCAUUCCUGGUUCUGUGGUUGCAGAAGUUUUUGCGGUGGAUAUUGACACUGGAAUGAACGCGGAACUUAAGUAUACCAUAGUGAGUGGGAACAACAAAGGAUUAUUUCGGAUUGACCCAGUAACAGGCAACAUCACUCUAGAAGAAAAGCCAGCACCGACUGAUGUGGGCCUGCACCGUCUGGUGGUCAACAUAAGUGACUUGGGGUACCCUAAGGCUUUGCACACCCUUGUGCUAGUAUUUCUUUAUGUAAAUGAUACUGCUGGCAAUGCCUCGUACAUAUAUGACUUGAUCCGCAGGACUAUGGAGACCCCACUGGACAGGAACAUAGGAGAUAGUAGCCAACCCUAUCAAAAUGAGGACUAUCUCACCAUCAUGAUUGCCAUCGUCGCGGGGGCCAUGGUGGUCAUAGUUGUGAUCUUUGUCACUGUUCUGGUGCGCUGUCGUCACGCAUCAAGAUUCAAAGCCGCUCAGAGGAGCAAGCAAGGUGCUGAAUGGAUGUCCCCAAACCAGGAGAAUAAGCAAAACAAGAAAAAGAAACGGAAGAAAAGAAAGUCACCCAAGAGUUCUCUUUUGAACUUCGUAACUAUUGAAGAGUCUAAACCCGAUGAUGCAGUCCACGAACCUAUCAAUGGGACCAUAAGCCUGCCUGCUGAGCUUGAGGAACAAAGUAUAGGGAGAUUUGACUGGGGACCCGCACCCCCAACAACCUUCAAGCCUAACAGUCCUGACCUGGCCAAGCACUACAAAUCUGCCUCUCCGCAGCCUGCUUUUCAUCUCAAACCAGACACUCCAGUUUCCGUGAAAAAGCACCAUGUCAUUCAGGAGCUCCCUUUGGACAACACCUUCGUUGGGGGCUGUGACACGCUUUCCAAACGCUCCUCCACUAGUUCAGAUCACUUCAGUGCCUCAGAGUGCAGCUCCCAAGGAGGCUUCAAGACAAAGGGCCCCUUACACACCAGACAGGCACUGAAUGAGCCUUCCUACAAUUUCCAUUUUUGAACUAGGAAUGACAUGCAAAUGUGGCCACCACCUCAUACAGGAAACCUGAACUCAAGGACUUUUCAGUGGGUUCAGUAUAUCUUAUAAUGGUGUAGUUCUCCUUGAAGGCCAAGGCAAUGUGACCAAAAUACAGCACUUUACAUAAAGCUUUGCUGCAAGUUUCACCACAUGGGAAUCAAUUAGCUCUUUUAAUACACUACAUUUGUAUUAGAUUUCAGGACAAAACAGUGGAUGUCAUUGUUUCUCAGAAAACCAAUAUAAUCUAAAUAUUCAAUUAAAAUGAUAUUUAAAGAAACCUGGCCUAAAAAUCCCAUGAGUACUUUCCUGUCUCCAAUGAUCAAUGUCAAUGGGAAAUACCGUACAUGACUGGAUUUGUUCUGAUUAUAUACACCCAGUGGCAACAUGUGGGUGUGACAGUUCAUUGGUUUUGCAUCUUGGUGCCUUAGCCUCUCUCUCUGCAAUUCUUCAUACAACUGAUACUCAAGAACUUUAUCAUGAGAAAACCUACUGUAUCUACAGAAAUCCCUGAUUUGAGGUUAUUCAUUUGGGGGGUGCUAUAUUUAACCUACCUAGUAUUUGCUUUUUUCAGUUUUCAUUUGAAUAUAGUACAUUUCUUCAUAUCAAAGACAGUAUGGGAAAGUUCAUUGUAGUCUUGAGAGAUUUAGUCAGAACCUGUGUCAUCUCAAUUGUUUCCUUAUCAAAUACUUGAGAAAAUCUAAGACUUUAAGGCCAAGUUACUGAAUUAUAAAGUAUAUUUUGUCCUAUUAAUAAAACAUAGCAUCACUACUAUUAAUACUGAAUUAGCACUAAACAACACAUACAUGUGUCUUGUUAGACACUGGCGAAAAAACAAAACAAAACAAAACAAAAACAAACAAACAAAAAAACCCACUAAACUGAAUGGACAUAUUAUGUUAUCUAAAAUAUUCAUCCCAUAAGUAUAUGGUCAUCUGGCUGCUGCUAAUAAAACCCCCAAUUUUUUAAAGUUACUAAUGAAUAUGAUGAAAAAUUAUAAAAGAUACAAAAGUAACACAAAAUUAUAUUAAGAGAAAAACUAGGUUGGGGGAGGUUAAUAUACGUUAGCUUUGGGGGAAUGUAAUUGAUUAAAUGAAAUUUAAACAGACUCUGGCAAGACAAGAAGAUGGACAGGUCAAGUUAUAAAAUCCUGUGAGUUCAUGGAGCCUUUAUCAGAGUGAGCCAUUCUGGGAACAAUAGAGCAAAUCACAGCUCUGUGAUUAAUCAAAUCAGUUCUCCAUUGUUGAAGUACAAAGAGAUGAAACCAUAUGAUCUCAUUUGCAAUUGGAUGCUUGUAGUCUAGUGAACUUGUGUGGACUAUCACUUCCACUAUUUUGGCUGGAAAAGAUAUAAAUUCAUUAGGAACUGAGACAAAAGCAACAUUGUAAAUCCAUAAUAGAAGCUUUCAAGUGGAAAAGACUAACCUUGAAAAAAUAAAUAAGAUACUAUCAAUACUUGGUUAUUAAUACUGAUUAUUGAUUAUUUUAACAAGACUAGUCAUUGUUAAAAUUGGGACAUUCUUUUGAACAUGUAAAUCUAAUUUGCUACAAUAAUGUACAGUAAUUUCAGCUAAGUAAGAUCUGAUUUUACAGGGAAGUAGAAAGUGUUUGGGUCUCUUACAGAAACAUUACAAUUUUCACUUUGGCAGCAUUAUCUUUGGGUUUUGGGAAAGUUAUUGUGCAAUGAUUUUCUGUAUUUCUAGCACCAGAGCAUGGCAAUAGCCCAAUAUUUAUUGGAUGUCCAUGCCAUUAUUUUUAGCAUUUUACAUGUAUUAAGUUGUAAGCUACAACCAACAUCUUCCAUACAGAUAGUACUGAAUUUUACUCUAAUUUACAACUGUGUCAGAACAAAUGAUGUGCUGCAAGAUGCAGGGGUAGGAAGUGGAAUGCAUCUAAGCUUGAUGUCUAGGUACCCAAAACCAGAAACUUUGUCACAUGUUAUGCAACAAUGUAUAGUAGAACUUUCAUUUUAAAAAAUUGUGGAAUACUCACAGAAGUCAUUACACCCAAAAUAAUUUCUUGGAGAAGAAUUUAAAAAAAAUCUAAAUAUAGCUGAAGUCUGAUUUAUCUUUUACUAUCCUUGCUUUGUACAAAUGACAUAGUGUUAUAACUCUACCUUAGGCAUGAGGGAUUCUAUUCAGUUUACAAUGAAAAUUCACAGACAAUGAGUGCAUAGAAAAAGAAGUAAUUAGUGUGUGUAUCUUUUAAGUAGUAGGAGUCUAGUGUGCUUUGUUACCCACCUCCCCAUUCAAAGAGUGGGUUUUAGCAAUGGAUUUAUAGCAAUUUGCUCACCUCAACAUAGAACAGCAUUUGGAAUUGUUCUUAUUUUAAACAACUCAUCAUACCAAGGAAGUGUUCUAAAGGAGAUAGAAGGUAAAAUUUUAAUUAAAAAAUAGGUCUCUGCACUGCUAGACUACAGUUAUUCUUUCCUUUCAUACUUCAUCCUUUUUUUCCUUUUCCUCCUUUCCUGGUUUUGUUAUAUUUCUGUCUUUAAGUUUUUAUUCCAGCCCCAUUCCUAAGUAUUUAAGAAACACCAGCCAUCAUCCACCUCACCUGAAUUGUCAUAGACUGAAGAAAUGGGUUCAUGUUCAUUUAGAUACAAUACUCUAUAAGGUAUUUUACUACAUUUUAUAAUAUGUUUAGCCUUUCCUUAGAGUAGGUUUUCCAAUUUUAUCACUGAAUACCAUAAAACUUAUUCUUUUAUACACUCCUAUUAAUAUAAUUGCUGGCUGUUUAAUUCUUUCCUUGCUAAAACUUCUCAGUCCCAUAUUGAAUCUGCAUGAUACCACCGAGAUCUAGAAAAUGCUAUCUAAAUAUCGACUAAAAUUAGAUUUGUUUACUGUUCAUUGUUAUAACACAAGCAUUUUGAUAUAACAUCUGAGUGAGAAUGUUUCAGUUUUAAUUGAUGGUAAAUUUGAAGGUUCGAAUGACAUACUGAUGAACAUUAAAACAAUUUUUUAGUAAAAGAGGUUGACCCUUAGAACAGCAUCCUUACCUUCUGUCUUUCAUGUGUUAUGAAUAUGUGUCAUGGGAUCAAUUGAUCAACACCAUUCCUAGGUAAGAUCAUAAUUUUGUCAUACUUCUACAAGAAAAAGAUCUAACAAUUCAUAAUUCAAAACACCUAUAAUUUUAAACAUUAUGUUAAUUACAUAUUAGUUGUCAUGACUCAGUCGUUUUGUGUUUUUUUAUGUUCUAAAAAUUGACUUGAAAGGUAAUAUGAGUUAGAAAUGUUUUAAUCAUAAAAUUUCAAUCACUCUUACUAGGGGCAACAUUGAGCCUGUUGACUAAAGGUGCAUUUUUUUUUUUUCUGUUUUGAUUGCUGGUAAAUUUUAUGUUGUUAAUUAGACAUUAGAUUUAAGUGAGAACAUAUUAUUAAAUUGACCAUUGCCAAUAAACUGAGUUCAGCAUUUUCUUUUGGACAUUCACAUUUACAAGAUAGGAGCUCAAAUACAUAUAGAUACAUUUGCUUUUGAACUCAGUGGCACCACAAUAGUAGAAUGCAAUCUGUGCUAGAGGUAUGAGGAAGAAAUUUGGAUUCUUUUUUUUUUUUUUUUUGCUUAAAGAAUCAUGAUAAGAGAAGCACUUAUUUAAAAUGACUCUUUUUUAUGGAGCUCAGUUUUAAUCAGAUGAUGGAAAAAUUCAGCAUUUUAAAUAAUCUCACUGCAACAGAACCUUCGCACUAUAGGUUUGGUUGCAUUGUAGGUUAUACUGAUCUGAUAAAAUUCUUAGGUGGAGUGUGAAAAUAUUUUUGUGCAGGCAUCAAUACAGCAAUGUAAAAUAAUGUAUUGAUAAAAGUUUCUCAGUAUAUUAAAAUAUAGUGACGUUUCUCCUAUAUCUGAAAACUAAAUUCAUGAAGAGUUGGGCAAGAAACAAAAUUACUUUUACAUUGGCAUCCUGGACAUUGCUGUUAAUUAGUCCUGAAUUUUGGCCUAUUUUGUGUGAUUGUGGAAGGCAUGUAGACUCAUUCCAAAUGGACACCAAACAGGAAGGUAGCCAUGACUAAAAUGAACAUAAGAACCAAAUCAAGUAGUCCAGCUUAGGCACUUUUAACCUGAGUAGAGCAGAAGCUCUUGGAUGUGUGCACUUUGUGUUUCUACCUUAAUAAUUACAGACCAGUGCAUGCCAACUUUAGGCAGUUGGGGAAUGCCAUGAAGGGAUUCUUAGAACUGGAGUGAAAUUUCUGUAAUGUUUUCAAAGAUCUGAGAGUCAAAAUAAAUGCUGUGAGCCACUAACUACCCUUUCACUCUCUGAAAUUCAAAAAAACCAGAACACCUGGGAAAUGACUAGGUCACAAAGAUGAUGUGAGGUUUCUCAAUUACUCAAUGCUUUUUUGUAGCUAUCAAAAAUGUUUUCAAUGAUGCAGAACUGAAUACAGUAUUACAUUAUCUACAUAAUUAUAAGUGCUUUGAUUUUUUAAAAAGUACUUACAAGAAAGAAACUAAUUGGCCCAAAGAGAAAAUUAUUAAAUACAAAGAUAAUACACACAAAACAACUCAUAUAGAAUCAUGAAUUAUUGAAAUCACAAGAACAUAUUUUGCCAUUAGAUUCUAAAAUUUUAAUAAGAAAUUUUAAUUUCAGUAUAUUGAAGGUUUCCUUGAUUCCAAGUGUUGAAUUUCUUUCCACCUUUCCAUAACAUUCAAUUAAUUGUAAUUCAUAUUAUGAUGAUAUUGUCUAUGGCCAAUUUUUUGUCUAUGCAUUUUUUAUUUUAAAAUGUUUCUACACCUGUACAUUAAGAAAAUUCACUAUUCGUGAACAUUACUUUGGCAGGAGGUGUCACAUGCUUUUACAUAGGUUUUUGAUAAUAGUGGUGAUCCUUAAAAUUUGGACACUGUGAUUAUUUUGAGAUGUAUUUUAGUAUAUGAUGUAAACUCCUUUUGCUUGAUGCAUGAAUUGUAUUUUUACCUACAAAUAAUAUUUGAGUAUUAUAUAAAGAGUAGCAACCUAAACUAUGGCAAUGGUAACAUUAUUCCACUUUUACAGACACAUAUGCUUUAGGCAAUCUAAUAAGUCACAGGAUCCUUUUUAAAACUUACCUUUAAAACUUAACUAAGACAGUGAAUUUAAGGUGAACAUACCAGAAUUGUGCCAAAAUGAAGAUGAUCCUUUGGAAAAGAGAGAAAUUAUAAAUCAUUAUUUGUGCUGUAUUUGAGAUUAUUAUAAAUAAGCCUUUUGAUGCACAAACAGUUUCUAAGACAAAAUUAUACUCUAAGCCAACCAUGAUUAUGCACUUAUAGUUGCAGACACAGUGAAGUAAUUAUUUUAAGCUUUUUAAGAGAAUUGUUCCUAAAUUUAAAAGUAUUUGUAUUGAACCUUGUUUAUAUUUAUUUAAUAUCAA